AUAGGCUGCCCAGGGCAGUGGUGGAGUCACCAUCCCUGGAGGGAUUUAAAAGAUCUGUAGGUUUGGCUCUCGAUUAAGUGGUAGGCUUGGCAGUGCUGGGGGAUGGUUGGACUCUGAUCCUAGAGGGCUUUUCCAACCUAAAUGAUUCCAUGGUUCUAUGAUCUCAGCAUGGUGGUGAAGCAGGACAGAAGUCAGGGGCUCCUGGGGAGCAUCAGCGUGGGCAGGAACUAUGAAGGGGUGAUGGCUUCUGUCAGCUUGUUCCUCACAUCGUCUGCAACAGAUCUGUCAAAACAUCCCAGAUUUUACAAACAAGUUGCUAUUAAAAGCUCCUUUGGAUCUCUGUGGGCAGAACCGGGGUAGGGAGCACGCUGCAAACGUGCUGGUGGCAGACGUGAGCGGACAGUGGUGCUGGGGAGAAGGAGGUGUUGAGCAGUGACCCCAGAUGGAGGGCAGCAGUUCCCCUGGGCUGCAGAGUGCUGCCCUGGACCUUCAAUUUGGAAAACUGAAAUAGCUACAGACAGUUCAUGGGAGAACUCCAAGUAUGUUACUUGCUGAAGAGCAACAUCAGCCCUGACCUGUGCAAUGAGGAUGGAUUAACUGCGUUGCAUCAGUGCUGCAUAGAUAACUAUGAAGACAUAGUCAAACUUCUCCUCAACCAUGGAGCCAAUGUCAAUGCCAAGGACAAUGAGCUGUGGACUCCAUUGCAUGCAGCAGCUACAUGUGGUCAUAUCAACCUGGUGAAGAUCCUCAUCCAGCAUGGAGCAGACUUGUUGGCAGUGAAUGCAGAUGGCAACAUGCCGUAUGACCUCUGUGAAGAUGAGCCAACUUUGGAUGUCAUUGAGACUUGCAUGGCCUAUCAAGGGAUUACACAGGAAAGGAUCAAUGAGAUGCGUGCUGCUCCAGAGCAGGUCAUGAUCUGUGACAUUCAUGACAUACUUGCGACUGGACAAGACCUGAACAGGACUGAUGCCCAAGGUGCUACACUGCUGCAUAUAGCUGCAGCCAAUGGUUAUCUGCAUGCAGCUGAAGUCCUUCUUGACCAGGGGGCGAGCCUGGACAUUAAGGACUGGGACGGCUGGGAACCUCUUCACGCUGCUGCUUUCUGGGGACAGAUGCAGAUGGCUGAGUUACUUGUGUCCCAUGGGGCUAGUUUGAGUGCCAGAACAUCUUUGGAUGAGAUGCCAAUAGAUCUGUGUGAAGAGGAGGAAUUCAAAGUAUUGCUUCUGGAGUUGAAACACAAACACGAUGUGAUCAUGAAGUCUCAGAUGAGGCAUAAAUCCUCCCUGAGCCGAAGGACCUCCAGCACGGGCAGCCGGGGGAAGGUGGUGAGGCGGGCCAGUCUUUCGGACCGAACAAACCUUUACAGGAAGGAGUGUGAGAAAGAGGCCAUCGUUUGGCAGCAACUGGGGGCAGCAGAAGAAGGAAGAAACUCGGGUUUCAUUGGAGAAAUUGGGGAGACUCGGUCUGACCAGGAGAAUACAGACCCCAACUCAGUGCUGGAGAACUCCUCCCUCCUUCCGGAGUUAGCAAACAAAAGCACCCAGUGUGACACUGAGAUCCCACUCCAGAAUGGACUCAUGGCAUCUGCCAGCCCUUACCAGUACACCUUUUCCAACGGGGACGUUUGGAGCAUGCACGCUGAGCCCAGCAGUAACCCUGGCCACGUGCUGCCCUACGGCAGCCCUGGGCUCCCUGACACCCAGCAGUUCUGGGGCACCUACAAGGAGCACAACCACCAAACGCUCUCAGAACUGAAGAGGCAGCGGGCUGCAGCCAAACUCCUCCAGCACCCUUUCCUCAGCACCCACUUCAGCAGUGGCAUGGCAGGAGUUGCUGAGAACGUGGGUGAGGCCAAGUCACACUUAAUCGAAUCCAGGACUUCUCCCUACAGCUCAAAUGGGACCUCAGUGUAUUACACAGUGUCCAGUGGUGAUCCACCCCUCUUGAAAUUCAAAGCUCCCAUGGAGGAAAUGGAAGAGAAGGUGCACGGGUGCUGCAGAAUUUCCUAGUCUUGUCUGAGUCUCGCCCCAGAGAAAACAAGAUGUGAGUGGGCUGGUUGGAUCUAUCUCAGCUGCCAGGUUGUUUGCUUUCCAAAGGGAGAAUUUAGUUAUGGACAUCCUGACUGUGGCAGCCUCGUUCAUCCUGAAUUGUACUUUACCCUGCCAAUUACUUACAUUGCAGCUGAAUGAGUAAUGCAGGUGGAGCAAGGCUUUUAGGAGAGGAAGGGAUGCACAUCAAUAUGAUGUAAAAAGAGUCUCCCUCAUCUUGCUCCCAGGGGGAAAAGGUAUCACGCACUGACUCCCCAUCCUUGGGAAGUCAUGAGAUGCCUUGGAACAAAGAAAGGAUCUGGAUUAAAAUCUUUGCAUCUGAGCCUCUUGCUGCAAGUCACCAAGGGGCUGGAAGGUGACAGUUCAGACCUGCAUUUUCACCCUUGGGUGAUGCACAUACCUUGGAGGGGAGGUCAACCCCCACAUGGGGUUUGCAAGAGUGGACAGAGCUGUUUUCCAUUCAGCUGGAUCCAGCACUUCCUGGGCCUGAGAAACAAGGAAGUGUAGAUGCUGUGCUGAGGAAGUUUGCAAGGUAUUAUCUCCUUGCAGUGACAGCUCACCAUCAAGAACUGUGCACUGGCUGGGUCCUGUUCUGCUCGUAUCAGCUCGUCACUGCAGGCUGCCUUCAGGUUUGAAGCAGAACUUUUCCUGGAACAGGAUUCACUCAUAAGGCUUUAAAACUGAUGUUGCAAUAAGGGGCCCUGGCAAUAGAAUUUUACUGCAAUAAAAUACUGGCUAAGGUCUAUACUGGGAUAAGUAAUUAAAAAAAACCUUAUUUGUACUAUUUAGACUCUUAAUUUGUUAAAACUGAAAAGACUUUUGUUGAUCUCACUUUCCUAUUGAUUCUGUUUGUUUACUCUAUAUGCUCAACACAGAUACUAGGGGUAGUAUGCUUUGUAAUCUGAUUUUUUUCUGGAUUUCCAGAACCACAGGGCUCGGGAGGGGUGAGGAGGAAAGGCUUGUCAACACUAAUCUAGAAAUGCCAUGAAAGCAUUUCUAAUCCCAUAGGUAUGAUGACACUUGCAUUAACCUGCAGUCUGUGGCUCAUAAAUAAUUGUUAAACCAUUGCUAUGGUAGUUCAGUGUUGCAGCAGGACAGCAGUGGUUAGCAGCUGUCAGCAGAAGGUUUAAAAGCCUCUGUGUCUGAAGGAGUUGCCUUGCACCAUGCAGUGCUUAGCAAAGCCUCUCUGCUGUGGAGCCGCUGGCACACCACACUGUGUUUUGGUGCAGUCCGUGUGAGCUCUGAGAGACCACCUGAGAAACACUAGCAUGGGCUUCUCAGCAAGUUCAGGCUUUGUGUACCGGGGGGAGGUGAGAGGAGAGUACCCCAUGGGACACAGCUCCCAGGAACUGGCCACACUUCAGUUGUAUCUGCAGCAGUAACUGUAAAUCUUCAACCUCUUUUCUACACAGAGGGGCUGUUGCACGUGUAACUCUUUGCCUGCAUGAAUAUUUGUCUUCUUGGGCAGCUUAAAUUCCAGACUCUGAAGAUAUAAACCUGUUUGGGUCUCUGUAGGCUGUCAGUGGAUUCAAUCCAGCUCGUGUACUUGUACUUCAGCCAAGCAACAGCAAAUGCGGCUUCCACCCAUCUUCUUUUUAUCUGGCAGCUGUUAGACAUCGAUAUUACCCUUCACAUGUACAUUCCCUCUGUGGGAAUCCUCACAGCCUUAACUUUUUUCUAGGCUAUAAAGAGUUGACUUAGGCUGCCAGUGACUGUUAAGUGCUACCCUCUGCUCCCAUCAAAUCUAGCCCAUGGCUGGGGCUGGAUAUAUUACAAUACAGGGCUCUGGGCUUCUCAAGGCAGCAGCGGUGGCUGUGUGUCACCACCACAGCCACACUGGGCAGGAGACACUUCUGGACCUGUGAGGUCAUUACCAGACUGACAGUUUACUCUUUCUUUCCUUACCAAUCUUAGGAGCAAAUAAGAAUAUGGCAGCAGCUGACCCAAUUAAUUUAAAACUUCAGUUCUGUUAAAGGCAGGGUUUGAAGCAUUCAGAGAAGUUGGGCUUCCUCCAUUGUUGAAAUACAUAUGCUCAGUAUGAGACUAGAAAAUACUUCUUGUACUUGACUUUAAGGGAUUUUUAAAGUCAUUCUCUAGGAGAAAGAUGAUGAUUUGGUAACUGGAGAGACUUUACUGCAUCUGUGCAUGCUUAACAGUGGGUCGUCUGGUUACCCUGAGUAAAUUCUUCUGUGGUAACACCAAGUGUGGCCUGGCUAUAAUGGAACAUAGGGGAGAUGAUCUUUCAGGUGCCUCUCUUCUCCCACAGUGGUGAGGUUUGUCUCUCCACAUCCAUCCUAAUGAGAUUUUUGAAUUCCCUGUAAUAGAUUUUGGUGCUGCUCUCCACUGGGUUGUAAAUGGUGCAAACUUUGGGCCCAGACUUGCCUUCCCUCCCAGCGAAGGAGGAGUUGGGCCCUUGUCCUUCUCAGAGCAAUUCUGUGCUAUCAACUGUGUGGAAUCCUAUCUAACUCCAAGGAAAUGAAAAGGUGAUUAUGAAAUGCAAUAGUAUGAAGUAGUUUAAGGCUUGCUUUCACUGAGAGUUGCUAAAGCAUUAAAACUGGGAAACCAGUUAAUUUUAGACUAACAGCUUUUUUGUUUCCAUUGGUAUUUCACUCUAGGAAUAAGGCCUUUUAUUGUAAAAUUUAGCAAUGUUACAACAACAGCGGGGUUUUGAUAUCUAUGUGUUUUAAAGGGCAGUAACCCAAAGGUUACUGUGCAAAGAUAUGAGAACAUGAAUGUAUUGAUGGAUCUAUUGCAAGCAGAACUCCACAAGAAUAACCCUUUUGCUCACCACAUCUUCUUGCGUGCUGAAGUCAUACUGUUUCUAACAAACAAACUGGUUGCUGAGAGCAGCUUUACAUUCCACAUUGAAAGACAUUUUUUAUAUGGAAAAAAAGGUGUCUUUCAAAAUAACGUCUCUGUCAGCCAAGAAAGUCACAGCACUGAAAUAUUACAUAAGGGCUUAAGUUCCAUUGCUGGGAUCUGUUUGACAUCAGACCUGGAUUUGUGACGUGAUUUCAGCCCACUUAGUCUUACUUCUUUGGUGCUCCUGAAUCUUAAAACCUUCCCACUUUUGGGAAGAACUGACUGUAGAUUCUGUGCCAUCUUGCAGGUGUGGUUGAAGAACCACGUGGAUGAGGAACUCCUGGUAGGGAAGGAGAAGAGCAUGUCAGGGCAACAGCGAUAAUGACUUGGUGCAAUACUCAGUGGAGGCAAUGAAUUCUGGAGUUUAUUGAGCAGAGUCUUAUUUUGUGGGAUUGAAAUCACUUACAAGCUCCCAAAUGCAUUACAAUUUCUGUAUAGUGCCCUUUUGCUUCAGUCUUGAAGCUCUGAUUACCCAAAUCUUCUCUGCUGAAACUAGAUCAGCAAUUCCGUAGAAAAGGGACUAUCGAACCAGGAAAGCAAUAGCACUGAUCUCCAGUGAGCCAUGGACGAACUGCUGGAAGGUGUUCUCCCUACACCUGGGUAUUUCUGUGCCUUAUCGUGCUUGCUAAAGGUAACCCAUCUCUGGAAGGUUUGUGGUGACUAUAUGGUGUUGUUCUUUAACUUUAGACUGUUUGCAAGGGGAUAAAAGUUCACAGCAUGCCAGAUUCUGACAUUAUUAUUUGCUCUUUCAGUUUCUCUUGUGAACACCACUUCUCUCUUCCUAAAUACACUAAAGGAAAUGACAGGGUCUUCAUUCUAUUUUAACAAAUCAUGUUGACUACUUUGUAUUAGUUGUCUACAGGCAGAAUCCAGAACACACUCGUAGCAGCAAGGUCUCACCUCUUAUUACAGAAUACAGCUAAUAUUUACUUCUUUUGUUCUGUUUUGCCCCGACUGUACAACAGAACAUUGUCCCUGGUUGUUCUUCACCCUUAUUCUACUGUUUUCAUGUUGGCCAAACUGGUAAUGGACUUCUCAUUUCCCUCACACAAUUCAAGUACCCCUGGGCUCUCCAGGCAACAUCUGCCAUGGCACAAGUACAACCUAGAAUAUUUUGCUUUAUUUCAGCUGUGGAAGCUGUAGUAGAGGAGACUCUGCUCAAGAUACCUGUUCCCAAAGCUACACCAAUGCAAUGAUCUCCACCUGCAGCUGAAGGGGGGAUAGGGGUUUUAAAACAGUGCAGAUGCAGCCUUAGUAUUGCCACUGCUAUGUCUUCAGCCUUUAGAUUGCAGUGUGAGAGUGGAUGCAGGAAUGUGGAUAACCCUGGUACAGCUUGGCAGGGCUGCUGUGUGUACAGGACAUUAACAGAUGAUGACAAGCCUUCUGCAAUAACUCAUAAUUCCGUCGAUCAGUAGUAAAUGAUGUACAAAUAAAACUUGAUGAAAUGUAUUUUAUGUGAAAAAAAAGUAAGAACUGUAUAUUGUAUUAGCAGCUUUGUGUAUAAAAUGGCAUUUUGGCAAUCAGAGUCUAAUAUAUUUAAACUUUUUUAAAAAAAGGAUAUUUGAUAUUUAUGGAAUUGACUUUAUUGCUACUUGUAAGUAUGAAGAUGGUUUAACAUAUUGAAGCAAUGCAUAAAAUCUUAAACUUUAUGUAAAACUCAUGCCAAAAGGGUAUGUCUGACAGUAUUAGCACCUGACUCAGUGUCUUUAAUAGAUUGAAUUUUUUAAUUUAAAAAUUAUAUUAAAUUUCUUUUAAUAAUACAAAAA